AGGUGGGCCCUGGCUUUGGCUUGUGGUCCUGCCUCCAGGGAGGCAGGGCCGGGAGGGUGUGGAGGGUGGAAAUUACGAUGACCCCUGGCAAUUGUGCAGCCGCGUUCUCAGCACAGGUGUGGACAGGAGCCUGCCUGGGCCUGUUUGGCUGUGGGGAAUCUGUGGAAGGAGUGGGCUGCCCUCCCAGAAAGCGUGAGUUCUCAGGUGUGGCGUCUGGCCAUCUCCUGCGAUGGCAGGAGAGGAGAACUUCAAGGAAGAGCUCAGAUCCCAGGAUGCUUCCAGGAACUUGAACCAGCAUGAGGCAGCAGGACAUCCACAUUCCUGGUCUCUGGAGAUGCUGUUACGCAGAUUGAGGGCUGUCCACACCAAACAGAAUGACAAGUUUGCCAACCUCCUGGAUGCGGUGGGGGAGUUUGGCACAUUCCAGCAGAGGCUAGUAGCCCUCACCUUUAUCCCCAGCAUCAUGUCGGCCUUCUUCAUGUUUGCUGACCACUUCGUGUUCACAGCCCAGAAGCCCUAUUGCAAUACCAGCUGGAUCCUGGCAGUGGGCCCCCACCUGUCCGAAGCUGAGCAGCUGAAUCUGACCAUACCCCAAGCACCCAAUGGCAGUUUCCUGACAUGCCUCAUGUACCUUCCUGUGCCUUGGAAUCUGGAUUCUAUCAUCCAGUUUGGCCUCAAUGACACAGACACAUGCCAAGAUGGGUGGAUCUAUCCUGAUGCUAAGAAGCGAUCACUGACCAAUGAGUUUGACUUGGUAUGUGGCAUGGAGACGAAGAAGGACACUGCACAGAUCAUGUUCAUGGCAGGGCUCCUGAUAGGCUCUCUCAUCUUCGGGCUCAUAACUGACAAGAUGGGCCGCUACCCUGCCAUCCUGCUGUCACUGCUGGGGCUGAUCAUCUUCGGCUUUGGGACAGCCUUCGUGAACAGCUUUCACCUGUAUUUGUUCUUUCGCUUUGGCAUCUCGCAGUCAGUGGUGGGCUACGCCAUCAGCAGCAUUUCUUUGGUGCAGAGACAAGCAGAAGAAGCUUGGCCUGAUCUCAACUGUCCAGAGCAGGUGGGGAUACCCAGCAAGGCUGGAUGCAACGGCAGCUCUGGGGACCCUGAUGUGACCAUGGUUUGUCCUCUUGGCCUCUGCACAGCCACUGAGUGGUUAGUGGGCGAGCACCGGGCCCACGCCAUUAUCCUGGAACACUGCUUUUUCGCUGUUGGGGCCAUGUUGCUGACGGGGAUCGCCUACAGUCUUCCGCACUGGCGGCUGCUGUUUCUGGUGGGUGGGAUACUUGCGAUCCCCCUCAUCUCCUAUAUCUGGAUUCUCCCGGAGUCCCCGCGGUGGCUGAUGAUGAAAGGGAAGGUGAAGGAGGCCAAGCAGGUGCUGUGCUAUGCCGCAAGUGUGAACAAGAAGACCAUUCCUUCAAAUCUGCUGGACGAGCUGCAGCUGCCCAGAAAGAAGGUGACUCGGGCCUCUGUCCUGGACUUCUGUAAGAAUAGGCAGCUCUGCAAGGUGACCUUGGUGAUGAGCUGUGUGUGGUUUACCGUCAGUUACACCUAUUUUACGUUGAGCCUGAGAAUGAGAGAGCUGGGCGUGAGCGUCCACUUCAGACACGUGGUCCCCAGCAUCAUGGAGGUGCCUGCCCGGCUGUGCUGCAUCUUUCUCCUCCAGCAGAUUGGGAGGAAGUGGAGCCUGGCUGUGACUCUCCUCCAAGCCAUCAUCUGGUGCUUGCUUCUCCUUUUCCUCCCUGAAGAGCUGAAAUCCAUGACGAUCUUGGUGCUCACACUCGGAAAGUUCAGCCUGGCCGCCACUGUCACUGUGUUCUUCCUCUACACCGCUGAGCUCCUCCCCACCGUGCUCAGGGCGACAGGUGUGGGGCUGGUGUCUCUGGCCUCGGCGGCUGGAGCCAUCUUGUCCCUGACAAUCAUCAGCCAGACCCCUUCCCUCCUGCCCAUCUUUCUCUGCUGCGUCUUAGCCAUCGUGGCCUUUUCCCUCUCCCUCCUGCUGCCGGAAACGCGAGAUCAGCCCCUCUCCGAGAGCCUGGGCCACUCCUCACAGAUGAGGAAUAAGGUCAAGGACAUGAAGACUGAGGAAACAUCAUCUGAUGAUAUGUCCGAGGAAGCGGCCAAGAAUGUCAUUCUCAAUGCCCAGAUCCUGAGAUUGGACCCAUACCCUGUCUCCAACCCUGCCUUGAAGCAAUUCAAUAAAGAGGAAGCAAACAGCCAGGCUCCCUGAGGGCCAGACCCCCAGACCAUCUUGGGUUGGAAUUGAGUGGCCAAGUGUGGGGUCAUGGAUUCCAGGCCACAAAUUCCAGGCCUAGUUCAGUCUGGGGGGCAGGGUCAGUCCUGCUCCUGGGCCAGCCCUUGACAUUAAAAAAAAUGGCCCGCCUUCUGCAGGAGGUCUGCUGUGAUUCAUUCCAAUCAAGGUACAAUGUUGCUCUUGAGAUGGCUGGGCAAAGUUGCCCAUGUGUGGAGAAUGCAGAGGCCCUGGCCUGGAGGAAGAUGGGUUAGACAGACUCCUUAGUGUCUUUGUCUAAUCGUUCAGGGACAGUGAGGAGCUCUCUGGAUGGGGGCAGGGGAGUGGGCAGGACAAUGUCUAUGAGGGCCAGAAGUGAAGUGAGGGCGAGACUGUGCCUGCACACCAACCAUACCCGCUAGCCCACGCAUCCACUAGCACGGCGAGUUUCCACCUGAAGCACAGGCUGAGGACAGAUUUCAAAGCUCCAUUUUAUGCACUAGUCAGGGCAGGGAUGGAAUGUAAAGGAACAUUGAGAACUUCUCUCAUUUGUCCCAUUGCAUAGGGCUUUCUCACCAUCUUUCUGCUGAUGCUGCAAAUAAACAUGGCCUUGGGAAUUACCCAAAUCGGUCCACAUCCCUGGGGAUGCUUUCCUGAUGGCUCCACCCUAGCUGACCUCUGGCCUCCACCACUCUGAGGAUAAGCCCCCAUACCCCAGCUCACACCCUAACUGCCCUGCAGGUAAUUCUGCCCUUCUCAGCUGGCAUGGGGGUUCUGCCAGGCAGGGCCCAGGACUCCUCAACCAGACUGUGAAGUCCUUGGGUCAGGCCUUCAGCACUACCUCCUCUCUCUCUGUCUUACCUCCUCCACGCUUGCCUAGUUUAUUGGAAGAUCAUGGGCUUGCCGAGAAUAGC